AUGAAUCUGGAUGUACUUUCAAUCACCACCUUAUCAAUAUUGCUAUUCCUUCCUUAUAAUUAUCAAUGUAUUGAAGAAUUAAAUCCAGAUGGAUUGGAUCCUGAUGAAUUUGAUUUUUCAUACGACAAAAAGACGUAUGAACGUCAUAAAAAGACCUUAGAACAUACUAAUCGCAUGAAAGAAAUUUAUCGAUUAAACUCAAAACCUCAAUUACCACCAGAAUUUUUCAAAAGGAUAUCCUUAUACUCACUUGCCUUAAUCCUCCUUAGCAUAUGGGCAUACAAAGGUUACAAAGCAAAUUAUCAAAUUGCAAAUGAAUGGUUUGACGCAUUAACGCCAUUAUUUAUGAUUUGCAUUCCAAUGACAAAGAAUGAAAAGGUUUGUAUCAAAUCUCUCGGUUACCAUCAUUUGGAAUUAUCUUCUCCAGGAAUCAAACAUUUCGUUUUCCUACUGGCAGAACUGAAGCUCAAGAUGAGGCAAUGCUUCUGGAUUCACAACGCUAGAAAACUUAUCUUCCCCGAAUAUGACAUAUUCAAUCUAACAAUUGUCUACAGCAAAAUGGACCUGUUCGCAUUUACAAUUGUAAACAAUUUGAUUUUAAAUGAAUUUUUGAAUGAUCACCCUGAAGUGAGACGUGCUGCUGUUAGACACGAUACAGGUGAUGUAACUCAAGGUUUAUUCACCUUCACCAACUCAAUCAGUGCAUUUGACAACUAUUUCACAGCGACUAUGAAGGCGAAUUUGCAAGAACUUGCACCAUAUGUCCGAUACAUCCACUCCAGUGACAUCAUUGCAGCAGAUGACACAGCCAAUUGUGAAGAAAAUGCAGUCCCAAGUGAUACAUACAAGGGUAUAAAAAUGAGCUUCAAACUGCCACCAAAGGAUCAAUAUACCAAAUUAAUUACAUUGAUGACUAACCUUAUCGAGCUAUCUUACUCAAUUACCUUGAACGAAAGGGUAAAAUGUCAAAUAAACGAAGCAAGGAGUGAGUAUAUUAGUGAGUUAGCAAAGGCGAAUGAUGAGAGAUUGAAAAAAGAAAUGGCGGAUAAGAAUGAUAAUGAAAAAAAGAGGAGGAAUGAAAAGACAUUGGGUUUAUCAUCCGAAGAACAUGCGAGGAUCACAGAAACUGAUGAUAGGGUAAAAAGCAAGCAAAGAGUCAACAGACCUAGGUUUAAGGUUGUUAGAUAA